AUGCCUACCCAUCUGUCAAAGACCAGAAAACACCGCGGUCAUGUCUCCGCCGGUCACGGUCGUAUAGGAAAGCACCGAAAGCACCCCGGUGGUCGUGGUAUGGCCGGUGGUCAGCACCAUCAUCGUACCAAUAUUGACAAAUACCAUCCUGGUUACUUUGGUAAGGUUGGUAUGCGCCAUUUCCACCUUCAGCGCAACCACGAAUGGAAGCCUGCUGUCAACCUGGACAAGCUCUGGACCCUAGUUCCACAAGGAACUCGAGACAAGUACCUUGCCGAGGGUGCUCCUCAAGACACAGCGCCCGUUAUCGACCUUCUUGCCCUUGGGUACGCCAAAAUUCUUGGCAAGGGCCGUCUACCUAACGUGCCCGUCGUUGUCAAGGCUCGAUACGUCAGCAAGGAGGCAGAACGCAAGAUCACUGAAGUCGGCGGUCGCAUCGUUCUUGUUGCCUGA